AUGUGUAUUUCAUUCAGCCAAGACAAAUACGAACAGAGAGAGCACAGUGAUCAACAAGAUGACGAGGCGGUCAAGUUAGAGACAUUCUUGUGCGGAUUGGAGCUGGUUUGUACAUACCCCACGAACAAUUUAGCCAAGUUCAACCAACAAAACGAGCCUUCUGCUCGCUUUCCAACGCUCAAUGCUUUAGUUACUGCGAACCCUCUAGAGACUAUCCGAUCAGCUUCAGAUAUCAGCAUAUUCCGCAAAGUACAGAAGAGCGUAGAAGAGUUUGCGUCAGCAUCAACCUACAUAACUGGCCCGUACUUCGCUUUUCUCAAAAGUUUCUCUGGAGUCAAAGACCAGGCCAAGAGGCAUGCCGAAUCGGCGCAACAAGAUACUGAAUCACAACUAAAUCCCAAAAAUACAAAGACGAAAUCAGAUGAGGAUGAAAGUUACCCAAGGCAUGUUUACGAUACACUGUACAAGGUCAUCAAUAAAUACUCGAAAUGUAAUUGUGGGUUGCCCAACCUAUCGUCGAAAACACCGAAAAGACAUUGGGGAAGACUCGAGCUUCAGGCAAACUUUGGCUUAAUCGACGAUGAGAUCCUUUUUCAUACGGUAUUCUCAAAGAGAGGAUCAUGCGAAUACGACGAAAAGAUCGAGUGGCAGCACCUACAAUUUCGUGUUCCAAGGCAUGUUGACUUGCUCAGAUACAGAAUACAAUUGCUAACCCAAAGAAUCCAGAAAACAACGCAAGGCGCGGGCGGUGGGGUUUGCAGAUAA